GGUUGUUAUCACGGUCCUAUAGAGUUUAUUUUAUUAUUUACUUAUUUAAUGAAAUGUAAAUAAAAAUGUUUGAAUGAACCGCUUAAGUGCAAUAAGCAAACAAGAGUUGAUACAAACACUAAGUUUACAAUUGAUAUCAUAACCUUCCUGAUAAUCAGCUGGGUAAACAUUUAACGAGAGCUAGCGGUAAUUUUCCUAGAAAAUGCGAAUAUCGUUGCGUUUACUUUCAUCUGCGGUGCAGAAAACACCGUUUUAUAUUACUACGCCAAUAUUUUAUGUGAAUGCGGCUCCUCAUUUGGGUCACCUCUACACAGCUGUCGUAGCAGAUGCCAUACAAAGGUUUGAGAAGCUCACAAACCCUGAUUGUCGUGUGAUUUUUAGUACAGGCACAGAUGAACAUGGCACAAAGAUCCAGCAGGCCGCUGCUAAAGCCAAGCUGUCUCUCCCGGAGUACUGUACCAAUAUCUCCAAUGAGUACAAGCAGCUGUUCCGAGACUUCAAUGUGGAGUACACUGACUUUAUACGGACUACCGAGGAAAGGCAUAAGGUCGCUGUUAGACAUUUUUGGAAUAAACUAGUGAAGAAGGAUUAUGUGUACAAAUCCAAGUACAGCGGCUGGUACAGUGUGAACGAUGAGGCAUUUGUUCCGGAGACACAUGUCAAGGAUGAAGUCAGGGAUGGAGAGAAUGUGAAAGUAUCAAUAGAAUCUGGCCACAAGGUAGAAUGGACGGAGGAGACGAACUACAUGUUCCGACUGAGCGCCUUCAAGUCACAUCUACAGCAGUGGCUGAAAAAUGACGGAGUGAUAACACCAUCGAAGUUCCAGAAGCAACUACAGGAGAUGUUGGCGAACGACGCCUACCUGCCCGAUAUAUCGGUCAGCCGACCGUCCAACCGAGUGCACUGGGCUAUACGGGUACCAGAUGAUGAGGAACAGAGUAUCUACGUAUGGUUGGACGCGCUGGUGAACUACCUGACAGUGGCCGGGUACCCCGACGAGGGAGUCAUGAUGGAGCGAGGCAGACCCUGGCCCGCUGAUGUACAUGUAGUGGGGAAGGAUAUACUCAAAUUCCACGGUAUCUACUGGCCAGCGUUCCUAAUGGCGAUCAAGUGGCAUCCUCCACGUCGAUUAGUCUGUCACUCGCACUGGACGGUCGACGGGAACAAGAUGUCGAAGUCGCUCGGUAACGUCGUCUGUCCACGGAACACUCCUGUGGACUACGACGCACUGCGGUAUCUACUGCUCAGGGAGGCUACUAUGGCCAGUGAUGCUAACUUCAGCCUAACAAAACUGAUAAACGUGGCUAACUCCGAGUUAGCAGAUAGUCUGGGUAACUUAGCGUCAAGAUGUUGCGGCACGGCACUGAACCCGCUCCAGGAGUUCCCCGCGCUACAACCGACAGAGUUCACCCAGUUACUACAGGGGGAACACGCGGCGUUACUUGUGGAGUAUGUGGAAGCGUUGCCUGGAACAUGCUACACUCACUACAAAAACUACCAAUUUUACAAAGCAGUGGACGCCGUAAUAAAAGUGUUGCACGUUGCAAACCUGUUCUUUGAAACUACCAAACCAUGGGAAUUACGCAAAAACCCAGAAAAACAAAAGGAACUAGACGUAAUCCUACAUGUUACCAUGGAAACGCUAAGAAUAUGCGGCAUUGUACUCCAACCAAUAAUACCAGAGAUGUCAAAAAAACUACUAGAUAAACUACAAAUUGGUAGCAAUUGUAGAAAUUGGCAACACUGCGAGACGCCAUCUUGGCGUUUGAAGGGAGCUAUUUAUGAAACUAAGCACAUUCAGAGCGGAAAGUUUGUUCUAUUUCAACGUAUUUAUGAGAAAAAAGCUCAGGUUGAGAGAAAAGUGCAGGUGGAAAAGAAAAAAGCUCAAAAGAAAAAAGUUUCAGUGUAAAGUAUGUAUUCUAUAAUAAGUAGCUAGACACGGGUUUUAGAAUUGGUCAUUAAUAUUAAGUAGUGUUUUCUCAAAGGACAGUUAUAAUCGUUUUAGUUUUUUUUUUCCUAAUUUGUUUUUUUUUGUACAGUCAAUACCAAGAUUUAAAUUAAAGAGUUUAAGAUUGCAUUUAAUAAGUGUUGCCAUUUUAAAGGUUAAUUGGUAGAAAUGUUUUAUUGUUGACUGUAUUAAAAGAAUUACUGUUUCAUCGGGUUUUAGUGUGGUUGUAUAUAUCAUACAUAUCCUAAUAUAUGUUUAUGUAAAUACAAAAGCUAAUGUAAAGUCAAGACAAUUUUAUUGAAAGGUAUUCAGC